CUUUGUCUUUUUAUUUGUGCUCCAGGAAACAUUUUUGCGUGCAGGGACAGAGAUGUUUUUACUUUCUGUCAUGUCUGUAACAUGUUCUUACUGGCAGGCCAGAGACCUGUGCAUGGUCAGUGAGAGACUUAGGAAGUAUUGAGCAGUGUACAAUGCAAAAUGGGUGCCUGGAAUGGAGAUGUCAUGGAGUUCUGCCCAGAAGUGGCAGUGCUUGUAUCUGCUGGUCAACUAGCUUGUCAACAAGACACGCCUAUUCAGAAACAGAUUGACAUAUGGAAGAUAGCUGUGGAAGAAAUCCUGAACGGUUUGGAAUCUGACAGCUCAGACAACCAGAGAAAAUUAUGGGAUUACAAACUCCAUGCCAUUAUGUUCAGCUGUACCCUGAGGUCAUUUCUGCGCAAACACAGCCUGAGUGAUGAGGCUGACUGGGGAUGUCUGACCCAUGUGUUGACAAUUUUACCUCCAUUCCCUGAAGAGGUUUAUUUUGAACUUGUUAAAGUGUUCCAAUGGAGAGGACAUCUGGUUGAGUGCUUGCUGUUCAUGAAAGAAGAUGUGUGUCUCCUGUUUUUGGAGGACACUUUAUCCUUCUGUUGUCAUUGUAUCGCUGUGGAUAGCCAUGAAAAUAGUGAGCUUCUCUUGGCAAUGGUUGAGGUGUAUUUGGUGUGGAGACUAGACCCUCCAACAGACUCCACCAAAGACACUGCUCGAUCCAGAAAGAUUUCUGGUGUGUACUUGUUUAUGGGAAAAGUUCCUUCCAUCAAACCUGAGCCUGAUGAUGCAAAUUUGUCAGAAAGACAUUCUUCAUUUUUGCAGAAUUUUCUGUUUUAUACCAAAAAGCUUCUCUGCUCAGACACCAUUUUGAAUACGUUAGGCACUCUGACAAGAGCAUCUCUCUCAAGAGGUUUUGAUUUGAUGUGCUCCAUUAUUGCUCUGGGUGGAACUUUUCUACAGCCGGACCAAAGGCAACUUAUGGAAAUAUCACAAAAGUGGACAAAAGUCUUUGUGAAAAGAAAUAGAUUCGGAAAUGAAGAAAAUAUUAAUUCCAGUUCACGUUCUUUUCAUGAUUUGCUGGCCAAACUGAAGUCAGGAAAUUUUCAAACCUUAGAAGCUGGUUAUCAGAUUUUGAGCAGUUAUCAAAGUAAGAGUAACCAAUCUGAAGGCGCAGAAUUUCUCAAUCUGAAACCCAGCAGCUAUUUUCCAACCAAUCAGUGGAGAGUGCUCUUGGAAGAAGUCCUUGGUUACAGCCAGUGGAUGGAAGCCUUGAGUAAAUCAGUGGGAUUCUGGGAAGGCGAUGAUAGCUCUGAAUGUGAUGUCACACUGGUUACCAUGGAUAUCAAUCUGCAGUCUCUCUUCAUUUUGUUGGAAGAACUGUGGAAAAGUGGUGAUACUUCUGCCAUAAAAAAUGUGAGAACCUUUGGUGGGGACAGCCAAAUCACCACGACAACAGAUACAUUUGUGGCCAAUGAGAACAUACAGCAGGUUCAUUUGGAAAUGCCUUUUGCAAUGGGAUCUAGGAGAGCUCGUGGAAGCAUUUCAGCAAACGUUUACCAGCGUCUUCACACUCUUUUGCAACCAUUGAUCAAUGAAUCUCAGGGUUUUCUGGACAAAUUAUCACAAGUGAAAAUGAGGAAAUCAACAGACGAUGUUAGUAGCUUGCCUUUGAGUGACAUACUGACGAGAAUACAUGAAAAAUCAUCACGAUGGGAAGAAUGCCUGGACGUGCUACUAGAAAAAGAUACUUUGCUUCUGUCAAACAUAGAAAGGGUGUUGAAUGUGCUGGAGGACAAUAUUAACAUACUGAGUACAGAAGCCAGAGUGAUUAGUCUGUUCAAACUGGUGCGGAGGCUGCAGAAGCAAACAACUACCCCACAAGAAGUAGUUCGGCAACUCUGGAGUGUGUUGCUGGCUUCCUGUUCCUCUCUCCCUAUCCUUAUACAGGACCACCUGUUGUCUUCGUGGUACAGGGGGGGCUACACUGUCAUCUCAGAGUCAGACGAAUACUUCAGAGGGUCAUUGACUGCUGUGUUUAACCGGCUGGUGGAUGGCGGUCACUCAGAGGUGAUUGAUGUACUUAGUCUGGUCUAUCAGAAUGCUGAAGCCACGCUUCACAAAGCUGUCACCGUUGCUGUGCGAAACAAACACCAGCCCAAGGUCAUUGCCAAGAUUUUGCAGGCAUUUCCAUCAGUCUGUCAGUGCAGGUUACAGGAGGAUUCUGGAAACACUCUUCUGUGCAGAGCUGUCUCUAGAUUCUUAGCCACCAAUUCUCUGAGCUCACCAGGAGAAGAAAACUUGAUGGAAUUUCUCACUCUAGCCGUACAGGUAGGGCUAAUACUAAACAAAGAAAUUGAAGUACUGUUUAAAGUCUGA